AUGACUGUGACUUACACCUCCAGCGUAAGUACCUCAAGUGUAGUGAACAAUUUUCUCGGAUUGUUGGUCAGAUGGCGUGGGAGCAUUUACAAGUUGAUCUGGGUGGAUCUUAUUAUCUUUUUUGGGCUGUACUUCUUGCUAGCGAUAACAUACCGUUGGUUGAUGAACGAAGAGGCCAAAAGGCUUUUUGAGAAUCUUGCUUCUCAUUGUUUAGACAAGGGUUCUCUCAUUCCCCUGUCUUUCGUGUUGGGGUUUUACGUAACGAUUGUGAUGAGGCGCUGGUGGGAUCAAUACACUACCAUUCCUUGGCCAGAUGGGAUUGCCAUUUUGGUAAGCACCAGUAUCCAUGGCUCUGAUGAUAGAGCCAGGGUCAUGAGGCGCACAAUCUUGCGAUAUGUUUGCCUGUGUCAGGUGAUAGCUUUCACCUUGAUCUCGCCUCGCGUUAAGCGUCGAUUUCCCACUUAUAAUGAAAUCAUUGAUGCUGGAUUUAUGGUGGAAAAUGAGAAGAAGAUCAUAGAGGCUAUCGAGCAAGCCUUUCCAACUUAUCCAAAGCACUGGAUGCCCAUUGUUUGGGCAGCCAGCAUUGUGAUGAGAGCUCGGAGCGAGAAUAAGAUCCGGGAUGAUUACGCUGUAAAGACGAUCAUGGAUGAGUUGAACGUGUUCCGUGGACGUUGUAGUUUUUUGCUCUACUACGAUUGGAUUAGCAUUCCAUUGGUCUACACCCAAGUGGUAACCCUGGCCACAUAUUCGUUUUUCCUGUUUAGUGCCCUUGGACAGCAAUGGACGGAAAGUAGUGACCAGCAGGGGUUAAGUGUUAUGAAAUGGUUCCCUAUCCUGACCUUACUUCAGUUUUUCUUUUACAUGGGUUGGCUUAAGGUUGCCGAAUCCUUGAUCAACCCCUUUGGAGAGGAUGACGAUGAUUUUGAGCUAAAUUGGAUUAUUGAUCGAAACAUUACCGUUGCCUACUGCAUUGUGGACGAGAUGCACCAGGAGCAUCCGGAACUGGUUAAGGAUCAGUACUGGGACGAGGUCUUCCCUAAUGAAAUGCCCUACGCUGUGCCAAAGAUGCGUCAAAAUCCACCUCCAUUGUCGACUGCAUACAUGAAAACCCCGCAAAAGUCCCAAAAGCCAGAGUCGCCGCAUAGUUCUUUCUUCGCCAGCCAUGUAAGCUACUACCAAAACAACCUGCCCAGACCAUCGCGUAGUGGCAGUUUCUUAAACUUUCAAAUGGAAGACGGGCCAUCACGUGAGACAUUCAGGGAGAACCUGGUUAAGUCACAGCUGUAUAGUACCAGCAAACCUUCUCAAUCCACAAUUGAUUUCAAUGAGCUGAAGGAGCAGCGUCGUCGGGAACGCAGAGAACGCAAUCGUCACCGAAUUAUGGACAUGCGAAAUAACCAUCUUCGGCAAUAUCCAUCCGGUACUUCCUACUCUGCUACCCUUAUCCCUUCGCCAUCAUAUAGGUCUUCGUCGGAGAUCAUCGAACCAUCAAGCUCUACCAGCAAGUCUGACAGAAACAAUUAGACUUUUGAUGAAUUACCAAAAUAAAACUAUUUUACAAUAUUUCACUAAGGAGUCUGAGCCAAAAGCAUCUGAUAUGACUUCUCCUUAAAGCCUGUAAAAAUGAAAGUUGAUCUAGUUGAUCUAGCUUAGUGAUCGUUUUCUGCAGGUUAGUUAUCUUAUCUAUUGUUGACGAGAUGCUGAUGACGUACAAUUCAGGAUUCAGACCGA